AGUUGCAAUGUCGAAAAACGGAAUCAUGUGUUCACUAUUUUUUGUGAAUAUACUUUUUUUUAUUUUUAUUAUUAUUAUCGCAUCACCAGUUAUUAAAAUAAAGGAAGAAAAUUGUCCAGACCCAAUGGAGCUAUUGCAAAAUGAGCUGAAUUUGCUAAAAGGUAAAAGCAAUUUUCAUUUCAAUAACAUGAGCAAAAUAAUAGAAGAAGAAUUUUAUCACAAUAAAACAUGCCUUUAUCAAUUCACUGGAGCGAUAAAAUCUGAUAAUUCCAUGGACUUGCCUUCUUUUCUGGGUUUCGACCCAGCGGAUAUAGCAAUAUGGCCGGCAAAUUCUCCGGUACUAGAAUUUAUAAUAAAUUUCGGCAGCUGUUUUCCGAUAAAAAGUCAUCGUACCUCAACAGAAUCAGUAAAAAAGCUUAUGGCUUGUAUAAAUGCGAAUAGUGAGUUAUAUCAAUGUCCAAAAGGUUUCGAAAGAAUGGCCUUUAAUUAA